UUAUUUAUAUUUAGGAACAUUUCUAUGCACAAGUACAAAAUGGUAAACAUCACACAAUGCGUAAAAUCCCUCCUACGCAGAAAAUACACACAGAUCAGUUCGUACGGUAAGGUUGGUAAAAGAGGGUCAUGGUGUUUUGAAAAUUUUACGAAUGUUGAAGAAGCAGAAAAAAUAUUCUGUCUGAAAAUUACAGGAAUAAAUUCUUAAAAAGAAGUUAAAUGAUGAUAAUUAUCUAACAGGAAACUAAAUGUCGUUUUAGAGAUGAUGUUAAGCUGAACACCUCCCUCUUUGUCUCGACAGGUGGGCAUUUGUAUGAUCAUGAACCUUUCUUGAUCCAGCAAGGUCUUCUCUUCACUAAUUGGUCAGUGUGGAUCACAUGAUGAGCUCCACCUUCUCUCAUUCGCUCUUUGAUCGGUUUGGUGUGUCGCCCACUGCUGGACUGGAGGGCCACUGUGUCUCUCAGCACUCUGAGUCAUUUUCCAGUUCUGUCCCCUUCCUUCUCUACCCUCCCAGUAUGGACCCGGCUGCCCUCAGCCUUUAUAAGGACCCACUGCGGCACCCCAGUGGCAUCCUGCCCUACCUGACCCCAUUUCAUCACCACGGACACUUCAGCCUGUACGAGUGUCCAUUCGAGCCGGCGUUCAUCCAGAAGCGUAACGAGCGUGAACGCCAGCGGGUGAAGUGUGUGAACCUGGGCUAUGCCAAGCUGCGAGACCAUCUGCCAGGUCAGAGUGCUGACAAGCGGCUCAGCAAGGUGGAGACCCUGCGUGCCGCUAUCAGGUACAUUAAAUACCUGCAACAGCUGGUGGAUGAUGACAGCUGUGAAGGAGCAGGGUCACCAACAAACACCUCAUCUGAGCCAGACCGAAGAGACACACAGGUGUUCACAAGCUAAACAUCCAACACCAAGUCCCGACUGUCUCCAGGUCCACAAAAUCCAGGUCCAGCUGAGGCAGCAGGAGGUUACUCUCCUCCACUGGGACAUUUUCAAAAACAAAAACUGAGGAUCUUUAGGAUGUUGUUCUGGACCAUUUCAGAAAUGUUCUGGUCACAAGUACGCAAGUUAUGUUGGUUGUAAUUUGUUGUUUAUGCCACUAGCUGUCACCACAUUAGAGAGCUAAUACAAUUUAAAAUUAAAAUAAAUAUAUCUGAAAAACGAUUGCAACUAAUAAAUGAAAAUGCUGCAAAAUGUAAAAGUUAAAUUCAGCAAUAGUUUUAUCA